AUGUCGGCCGCCAAACGCUUCUCCCCCGGCGCCUCCCUCCUCCGCCGCUCCCGCCUCCUCUCCAUGCCCGCGCCCGUCCCCCCGCCCCCCUCCUACUUCCUCACCAACCCAGACGUCGCCCCACACCCCACCGUCCAAGCCAUCACCACUCCCGGCUCCUCCCACUCCCGCGGUAACUGGGGCCUCAAGCGCGACCUCCCCACCAAAACCCGCUACCCCUUCCUCCGCUACACGGCCCUCGACACACUCGCGCACUUCACGACCUACGAGUCCGCCUCCGACGACGUGCUCACGCUCAAGAAGUGGCAAGAAAUGGACAUCCCGCUGCUCCGCGGGCCCACAAUCGACUCCUCGGCCCUGGCGAGCAUGUACACCGUGCGCCACAGCGUCUUCGACUUCUCCCCCGACGCCCCCCACCGCGAGAGCUACACAUGGCGAUUCAAGGGCCCGUACAUCCCCGACAUGCCAGCAGGCGACUUUGCGCGCUAUAUCGAUACGCAGGUGAAACCGCGCCGCGCAGAGUUCCGCGAGUUCGUCGCCCGCAACCAACGCCGCUUUGCGAGCCAGCCGGAGGCCGACCUGCGCCCCUCCCACACCCCCGCUGCCCCCGCUGCCCCCGCUGCCCCCGCUGCCCCCGCUGCCCCCGCUGCCCCCGCCGCCCCCGAGGCACCGGCGGAGGUGGAGGUAGACAUGUUGGCGCUCCGCGCAGACACGUUUCUGCUGGGCCGCCUGGUCGUGGCGUUCCUGGACCUGCCGACGCUGACGCGGCCGCACCGCACGCACCCGUCUGGCGGGCUGCACUACACGCGGUCCACAGCGCCGGUACGGAACGACGCUGAGGGCGGGCCGCAGGGCGAGCCAAAGGCCGUGACGGGACGGUACAUGAACUACAAUGGGGCGUACGGGACCAUGAUUGGUGUUGGAGGUUUCGUGGCCAAGAGCGUGGACGCCAUGCGGCUGGAUGAUCCGUUGAAGCUGUACAACAACCGGCAGCACACGCGGAAGUAUGUUCCUGGCAAGGCGCGGCUGGAUGCGCUGGGGCGCGUGCUGCUGGAUGUGGAUACGGUGAAUGAGGAGGGGGGACGGGGAAUGUAUGGGCAGAGGGGGGGCGGCGAUGCGGCGGCGCUGUUGAGGGGCUUUGGCACGACGAGGAGGUGGGAUUCGUUGUAUAAUGCGGAUAGGGAGAUUAAUGGGCCUGCGCAGGGGCAGAGGGCGGGCGUCGGGAUGGGAGGAGGGAUCGGAGGAGGGGUGGGCGGGAGGAGGGAUGGAGGCCAUACGGAGGCCAUUAUGGAUCUGUUGGAUCCGAGUAAGAGGCGUUAG